AUGAAAAAAGAAAAUUGGCAGUUGCAUCCACCGUUAUUUCCUGAAUUACAUUGGAGUAAAAGUGGAACAUUACUCAUUCAUAAUGAUACGCAUCGUUUUCUAUUUUUUAAUGAAUCAAACAUUGAAGUUGCUGUGACACAAGAUUUAAUCCAUUAUGAAUACACGGGCAAAACAUUUCUUCAAAUUCGUCCAAAUUAUUUUGACAGUGAGCUCGUCGAGCCUGGUCCAGAACCACGAAAAAUAAGUGAUGGUAAUUACUUAUUUUUAUACAAUUCGGGACGUCAAGUAUCAACGCCAAAUUCAAAACCAAAUUGGCAUCGAGAAUACAAUGUGGGAUGGGCAAUCAUGGACAAAAAUGAUCCAAUGAAUAUUUUGGCAAGGAGUGAUGAACCAAUUCUUUCACCAGUUUUAGAUUGGGAAAAGUGUGAUAAUAAUUCAGAUAAAUGGAGUGAUCUAGGCCUCACACCAUUAGUCGUGUUUGUUGAGGGUUGGAAACAAAUUGCACAUGAUGAAUUUAUCGUAUGGUAUCAAGGCUGUGAUAGCGUCACUGGAGUGGCAAAAUUAACAAUUAAGUUUGAUACAUAA